GUUUUUUGAAACUGUUUCCUCAAGGAGAGCUUACAAGUUGGAAGGGGAAUAUUAGAAAGAAAACAAUGGAACAGAAAUAAAUUGUCAAUCAAACAUUUAUGCCAUCUGAAAAAGGACACACCUGUGACAAAAACCCAAGACCUCAGAGAUGUCUGAAGUGACAGUCCUUGAUUAUGGAGCAGGAAAUAUCCGAAGUCUCAUUAAUGCUCUUAAACUUCUUGGUUACAAUGUGAAAUUUGUGAAAGAUGCCAAGGAUAUCCUAAGUGCAGAAAGACUUAUCUUUCCAGGUGUUGGAGCCUUUGGAAGUGCAAUGGCUCUUCUUGAAAGCAGUGGUUUUGUGGAACCACUUAAGAAGUACAUCCAACAAGACAGGCCAUACUUAGGAAUUUGUCUUGGACUUCAGACAUUGUGUGAUGGCAGUGAAGAGUCUCCAGGUACCAAAGGCUUGUCUGUGAUACCUGCAACUGUGACACAAUUCAACAAGGCUGAAGGUCUUGCUGUACCACAUAUGGGUUGGAAUGGACUUAAGCUUCGUAAGGGAUCAGCUCUGUUCCCAACUGGUUUCUCCAGUGAAGAAAAAGUCUACUUUGUCCACUCAUAUGCAUUACAUUCACAAAGCAAAGAGAUCGAUGAGUGGGUUCUUGCCACUACUGAUUAUGGAGAGGAGUUUAUCAGCAUUGUGCAAAAGGGAAAUAUUGUUGCUACACAGUUCCACCCAGAGAAAAGUGGAGAAAUGGGAAUUAAAAUAAUCAAGAGCUUCUUGGAAAGUUUUCCAAUGAGUGCAAAGGUUGCAAGUAUUCCCUACAAACUGCCUGAUGCCAGUAAGCCAACACAACUUGGUCAUCGCAUCAUUGCUUGUCUUGAUGUCCGCAAUAAUGAUCAAGGAGACCUUGUGGUCACCAAAGGUGAACAAUAUGAUGUGCGCGAACAAUCCAUUACAGAGAAUAUUCAUUCUGUCACACAAAUUAAGGGUGCUGUGAGAAACCUUGGAAAACCUGUAGAGUUGGCACGCAGGUAUUUCAAGGAAGGAGCAGACGAAAUAGUAUUUUUGAAUAUUACAAGCUUCAAAAACUGCCCUCUCCAUGAUCUUCCAAUGCUAGAGGUACUUCGGCAAGCAUCUGAAAAUAUUUUUGUCCCCCUUACUGUCGGGGGUGGUAUUCGUGAGAUACUUGCCCCAGGCAAAGAUGGUGACCAAUCAAAGAUGAAGUGUUACUCAGCUGUGGAAGUGGCAGCUGAAUACUUCAGAUCUGGAGCAGACAAGGUGUCCAUUGGCAGUGAUGCAGUGUAUGCAGCUGAGAACUUCAUAUCAUGUGGUGGGAUUGCAACUGGCCAAACCUCUAUUGAAACAAUAGCUGCUGCAUAUGGGCGUCAGGCAGUAGUUAUCUCAGUUGACCCAAAGCGAGUUUGUGUUCCAUCCCGUGAGGCUGUACAGCAUCAUGUGAUUCACACAAGUUACCCUGGUCCAUCGGGUGAGGAAUACUGUUGGUACCAGUGCACAGUGAAAGGAGGGAGAGAGUUGCGAGAUAUUGGAGUGUAUGAAAUGGUGCAGGCAUGUGAAGCUCUUGGUGCAGGAGAAAUUAUGCUUAACAGUAUUGACAGGGAUGGAACUAAUAGUGGUUACGAUCUUGAACUGGUUGCCAUGGUCAAAGAAGCUGUUGGUAUUCCAGUGAUUGCUUCUAGUGGUGCUGGUCAUGUCAAUCACUUCUCUGACGUGUUCCAAGAUGCACAUGCUGAUGCAGCACUAGCAGCAGGAAUAUUUCAUCGAAACACAGUUUCAAUCAAUGUUGUUAAAGAGCAUUUGUUGAGUGAAGGAAUCCCUGUUAGAGUUUAAACAGAUGGCUAAAAAGUUACCUUCAAUUUACAUCUAGACACUGUCUAUGAUUUCGUAUCAUGAUAUUUUUUAUAUUAACUAGUCUCAACAGAGGGUAGAAAUAAGAACUCACUCAAGAAACCUGUCAGUCAACUAUUAGCCAACUGUUGGCUAAAAUUUCAAGGAUAAUUAUAGUCAGGGUGAAGGGUUGAAAGUUGUUCAUUGUUAACCCUUUAACUCCCAGAUAUGAUAAACAUGUAACUUCCCCCUAUAGUCUCCAUACAUUCAGCAAACAGGUAAUGAAAAUACUCACACUUAUCAGGUAGAAGUUGCUAUCUUGGUCUAUCACCAAAUUCUCACAACAAAUCAGAUCUUGGAAGUUAAAUGGUUAAAACAAUUUAGUUGUUGCUGAGAAAAACAGCCAUCUCACAUUGAACUCUGUAUUUAUUCUUUCAAAAGGCAACCUGUAAAAAAAUGCAUCUAAAUUCAUACAAAAACAAAGAAGUUGGAUGAUAAAUAACUCUCACACAUUUUGGUGUGUAGAGUUGCUGAGUAUUUUUACUCAUUGUUUGUAUUUUAUAGCACAACUUGCCAAGAUACUCAGUGACACUACACACCAAAAUGUCUAAUAGGAUAUUUAUCCCUUUCCUCUGGUGGUCAGCGUUUGAAAUAUUUCAUGGAGUUUUUUAGUGAACCUUUCAUGUAAUGAAGAUAUAUGAUAAGGAACCAAUCAGUCUUAAGUGAUGCACAGUUGUUUGUCAUUAUCAUUUUAUUACUUAAUGCAUCAUACAUGUAUUUAUUAAAGGAAAAUUGAUAAGCAAUGUAAUAUAAAGUAAAAAGACACUGGCUGUAUGCAUUACAUUUGCUUUACUAUCUCUAAAAUUUCUGUCAUAGAUUAUGCUCUAAACAAACCUGUUCCUAGCAUUCAGUUGUUAAAACAAAGUGCAAUAGCUAAUGCCAAAAUAGUAGUAGAGCAGUGAAAAAAGGAGUGAUGUUUGGGUCAGGUCUCAUUCCUUACCCACACCUUUGCUUUUUCACUCUACUGCAAACAUCACCCCAGUUUGCUAAUUAAACACCUGGAACAGGCCAUGUUCUCUCACACACACACACAAAAACCAAAGGUUGUAGCACUAAACAAUCACUAUGAAACAGAUAAAUGUUAUUGAUUAAAUGAAGUAAAACCCUUAAUGACUUUGAACAUUAAGUUGUCUGAUGGCAUGGUUGUGUCAUGAUUCAAAUGUUUUCUUGGUGUAAUAAGAGUUUUGGAAACAAAAGUUGCAAAAUUUGCCUCGUGAUACUCGUUGUCCUUCAUUUCCCUGCAAUGUGAUUGGUUAUUUUCAGUAAACCUUGAAAUCUGAUUGGUUGUUUUGUUUUUAGUGUAGCCUCCUCAUUGGCUGGGAAAAAGAUGCAAUUUAAAGCAAAAAAUGGUGGGAUUCAAGAAUAAAUCACACCAAUUAGAGCCAAUCAGAUUACAGGGACCACCAGUGAUUUCAAAAUGGGUGUAAUAAAUACGGGCUAAGUUUGACUGUCUUACCAGGAUGGUUACCAGGCCACUUGCUGAAGCCUCCUGUCAUUGUUGCUUGGGCUGAAAUAAGUCCUUAACUUCAUACCUCUAAUGAAGCUCCAACCCAAAAGGAAUAACAUGUAUCAACUGGUUUAUUGGGGCGACCCUGGAAGCCUGACUUCUGACGCACUAGACACCACCUCUUUAUUCUUUCAAGUUCUUUGGCCUCAAAGGAGGAAUCAAGCUGAUCCAUUAACACAAGAGAUGCUAAAGCACAAAAUGUGGACCCACCUUUAAAGUAAUGACCAUAAGAAUAGAUUAAUUAAUAUUAAAGAAAAGACACUCAUAUUAUAUCAUCCUAUCACAUAGCUUAUCUUAUUAUAUCUGGUAUCUCACAGUUUAUAUGUGUAAUACGAUUAAUCAAUUUAGCUGGCUGUAUUUCACUGUACAGCCCUCUAUGUGCAUAAGUUUGUUUGAAUUGAAAUCUUUCCCCACUAUUUGAACUCAGAGAUAUGAUAAAUAUUUUACUACCCUCAUUUUCUUGGUUCAUACUGUAAGUUGUCACUGCACCUGGUUUUUCAUGCUCUGAUUUAUGGUAUGCCCAGUUCCUCUUUGGCCAUAAAUCCAAUGGAAAUAACUUUGUCUGUUACAAACAGUAGGGAGCUCAAACUUGGCUAGUGAAAGGUAUUUAUCAAUAACUCCUUGUUGAAACUUCAUUGAAAGGUUUUGCUUGAUUAUUGCUUCACUUAAAUCACUAGCACAAGGAGCUGAUAGAGGUGAAUGCCACUAACCCAUACAUUUGUAGCUCAUCUCUCUUUUAGCAGAAAUUCUAACUUAAGUCCAUGAUGGUGACCAUCUUGGCCACAAUUUCAGGUGACAUUCCAGAUAAUUCCUGAACCCAACACAUGUAAAUCAUCUUGCACAGUGCACAUAAAUGUUUAAAAGGAUUAAAAUUGUUUUAAUGAA